AUGUCGUCAGUUGAAUCAGAACCUAAUCCGCUUGUCAUUUUCGCCACUGUUGCUACUAUCAUUGCCAGUGCGGUUGUUUACUACUUAAUUCAACAAAGUCGUAAGAAUGUGCCAGUUUUAUUACCAAAUGAAUUUAAAAAAUUCCCAUUGAUUGAAAAAACUAGAGUCAGUCACAAUUCUUGUAUUUACCGUUUUGGAUUACCAAAGAGCACCGACAGAUUGGGAUUACCAAUUGGUCAACACAUUUCAAUUGGUGCUGUUAUUGACGGGAAAGAAAUUGUUAGAUCUUAUACUCCAAUUUCCACCGAUGACGAAUUGGGAUACUUUGAUUUAUUGAUCAAAACUUAUGAACAAGGUAAUAUUUCUAGACACGUUGAACUGAAGAAAAUUGGUGACACUAUCGAAGUUAGAGGUCCAAAAGGUUUUUUCACUUAUACUCCGAAUAUGGUUAAAUCGUUUGGUAUGGUUGCUGGUGGUACCGGUAUUGCUCCAAUGUAUCAAAUCAUUACUUCUAUCUUGAACAAUCCAAAGGAUUCUACUAAAAUCCAUUUACUUUAUGCUAACGUCACCGAAGAUGAUAUCUUAUUAAAAAAAGAAUUAGAAAAUUACCAAGCUAAACAUUCGGAUCAAUUCAAAAUUCACUACGUUUUGAAUACCCCUCCUGCCAACUGGAACGGAAGUGUUGGUUUCAUCACCCCGGAAAUUAUGGAUACUCACUUACCAAAAUCAACCGAUGAUACUAACUUGUUGAUUUGUGGGCCUCCUCCAAUGGUCAGUGCCAUCAAAAAGGCCGCCGUCACCUUGAACUACCCAAAGGCCAAACCAGUCUCCAAAUUAGGUGACCAAGUCUUUGUCUUCUAA